AGGAGGAGGAGGUGAGGGAGGAGGAAGCCGAGGAGGUUGAGGUGACUGCUUAGAAAACUGCACAGUCCACCAACAUCUGAUGAAAUUAGUGACUAAGCAAAUCAACCAUGUCUUACACGCCAGGAAGCAUUGGUGACCCCACUCAGCUGGCCCAGCGUAUCUCUUCUAACAUCCAGAAGAUCACACAAUGUUCUGUGGAAAUACAGAGGACUCUGAAUCAGCUUGGCACACCUCAAGAUACACCUGAAUUGAGGCAACAGCUACAGCAGAAGCAGCAGUAUACGAACCAACUUGCCAAAGAAACAGAUAAGUACAUUAAAGAGUUUGGAUCUCUGCCCACCACCCCCAGUGAACAGCGUCAGAGGAAAAUACAGAAGGAUCGCCUGGUGGCCGAGUUCACAACAUCACUGACAAACUUUCAGAAGGUCCAGAGGCAAGCUGCUGAGAAAGAGAAAGACUUUGUUGCCCGAGUGAGAGCCAGUUCCAGAGUAUCUGGUGGUUUUCCUGAGGAGAGCACAAAAGAAAGGAAUCUUGUAUCGUGGGAAAGCCAGACUCAAUCUCAAGUGCAGGUGCAGGAUGACGAAAUUACAGAGGACGACCUGCGCCUCAUCCAUGAGAGGGAGUCUUCUAUUAGGCAACUUGAAGCUGACAUUAUGGAUAUUAAUGAAAUAUUUAAAGAUUUAGGGAUGAUGAUUCAUGAGCAAGGAGAUGUGAUAGACAGCAUAGAAGCCAACGUUGAGAAUGCAGAGGUACACGUUCAGCAAGCAAACCAGCAACUGUCGAGGGCAUCAGAUUAUCAGCGCAAAUCCAGAAAAACCCUGUGCAUCAUCAUUUCUCUCCUUGUCAUCGGAGCUGUAAUUAUUGGGGUCAUAUUGGGAGUGAAAGGCUAAAAUUAUAAAGGAGCACACUGUUGCACUACUUUGUCUAAAUUAUGUAGGAAGGCUCCUGUAAUCAUGGUUUUUUUAUUGUUGUUUUAAAGGUAUUGCAUAAAGGGUGGUUCCCAUACUUUUGUUUUUAUUUGUGGGGAUGUUUCCUUGGGAUUAAAUCUGGUAUUUUCUAAUACUGAACAUUUUUCUAAAUAUUAGUGCUGGCAUAAAACUUCCAUGAUUUUUGUUCUAAUAACUCUUAGUUUUUUGCCUACAUUGUUUAUGUCUUUCAUGUAUAAUUUAUUUAUCCUGUUGGCUUAGUUUUUGAUUAUAAAUUAAAGGUGUGUGUGUGUUCUGUGGGCUUCUGUCUCUCUGUCACAAGCACCCAGUGUAACAAGCACCCAGAUUUGUGUUUCUUCAAUUAAAAAUCUUAACUUUAAUUUUGAUUCUGGCCAGCAAAGGAAAUAUUCUUAGUAACUUAAAAAAGUAACCUGUUUGUGUUGGCUUUUUUUUUCUUCUGGUUUAUACCAGCACAAAUUUUCUGUUCAACUUUUAUUGUUAGUCUUCUCUUAAGACCCUUGAUUAGUCUGAAUGACUGAAUGAAGUCAGUGAAUAAUUUCCUACUAUAUUCUAUAUACCUGAUGUGUAUAAUAUACUAAGCACUUGCUGUAGAUUGCCUAGUGAUAUACUAAGGAUAGAUUGCUGACAUUUCCUGGGGAAUGUGUAGUCACUAUAAAUGUUUAAUGUGAUUUGAAAGAGAGUAUGACAAAUCAAUACCUAUUGUGUUAGAAUUCUAAAGAUCCCAACCUGUUAUUCUGCUGUGCGUUUCCACAGCUGUUAUAAUGGAAAUUAAUGAUCUUUCCUUACAUCCUAUAGAAUAAUGGUCACAUUUGUAUCCUUAGGUCAAAAUUGUUGGGGAGGUAACUGUUCCACAAUUGAUGUUUUUCAGCACCCAGACUUAAAAUGUAGUCCUUACCUUGGGUACCAUUUUGUACCAUCCUUCAUUGGAAAAGGAAUUGGUGUUUGCCAACUAACUCACUUGCCUUUUAAGUCACUGUUGUUCCAAUGCACUAAUCUUAAUACUAUACAGAGGAUUAUCUUCAUUUAUAGUUUGUAUUUUAUAAUGUUCUUACAUAGCAGUUUGAUAGCGAAGACAUGCAAGCUGUGAGUUUCAAAUGGGAACAAUAAAAUAUUAAGUAACUAAAGAGUACAUUUGCAAUCAAAAUAAAGAUGAUUUGAAAAGUGUCUGGAUAGUUCUAUUUCAUGAGGAAUCUGCUUCCAUGGGACUGACACUUGACACUUAACUCCCAUUUUUUUGACUGCUACCCGGAAUCCUAGCAGAGGGGAUUAAAAUCGCACAUGAGGGCCAUUCUCCAUAUUUCUGGAGUAUGUUCCUCAGUUUUUAUUGGCACUCUUAAAACGUUUUGCCACCAAUAGGUAGAAACUGCUUUGAAUGUCAGUAAAACUCAAUUUUUCUACAAAAGAGACUGUAGAAAACUUUUUUGUGAGUGGGUGAUUAGAAACUUUGAGACUUUGUGUUUACGAGAAUCAGCUUGCUUUAGUGAACGGGAUGGGGGGGCAGGGAGAAUUCAUACUCUACCUGUUCUGAAGUCAGUGCGGGCCCGUCAGGCGUUUUCUUUGUACGUGCAGAGAAGCUCGCUAUUUCAUGUAAUGUACCAGUGGGGCUUUAAAAGUCCCAGUGACUUUCAAAAUCACUUCAAUUUUUUUGCCACAGUUGUACUUGAUAACUGUUACUGUCAUCAAGGCAAAUGCAUUUACUCCUACUUAUUUCACAGUAAGUUCCCAGUAACAGCAAAAUCAAUUUUUUGGCAUGAUUUUAGCACCAUUAUUUAAAGUAUAGUAUUUUAUAAGUGAUUUUAACUGGGACACCCAUCAAUAACUAAAACCAGGAACUUCAGUGGCUUGCAUUCUUUUAAGAAUCAUUAAAUUUGCAGGGGAAAUUUGCACAAAAUAUUUGGGACACAAAGAAUAAUCCUGAUUAGAAAAAAAUAAAAUGAAAAACAGUGCAGUAGCCACAUUUUUAAAAUUCUUGAAGUUUUCCUUUAAGUUAGUUGUAGAAUCACUUUGAAAGGUGGCAAAGCUUACACUAUAGAAAAUAAAAUUAGAAUUGUUUUAAUGACUAUCAACAUUUCGGGAUCUGAGGCAAACUGAGUCUCAAACUGAAGGCAUUUCCUCAUCUAAUGCACGCAUUGUUCACGUUAGUGUGCUCCAAACAUGCUGGAAUGACGCAGACUGAGGUUAACCAGCUUUUUUACUUAAAUUGAGUGACAGUGUGGCGUGAAGUAUUUGGCCAGUGUAUUGGUUAUUAAAUAUUAUGAAAAUGUUUUGUUUUUGCACAGUGGUUGAUGGUAAAAGAAUAACUGGUGUCAUUUCAAUAUAAUGCAGCUUGUUUUUUUAGUGGGCAUGGGAUCGAUUAAAAAAAAAUGUAGCUAUGGGUACAGAUGGACCUCGAUCUAGGACAGCAAACCUUGGACACAGCGUCUGGAGUCAGGCCCACUGAGCACACCCGGUUCCCAUGGCAGCGCCUGCAUUGGUACUGAGAACACUGCUUCUUGAAAAGGUCGCCGCUGAGUCCUUCGGGGUCUUCACCGCUUUUGUUAAAAAUGGUAAAAUUUUGUACACAAAAAAAGUGUUUUGAAAUACCAGUCUUUUUAGACAAAUUUAUAAUGAAAAAAGAAAUGACUUUUGAAGACUUCUUGUUCCACAAAAUUAGUCUGUAGUUUAGCAAGGAAAGUGCAGAAUAGCUUUUAUAGUUGGUGUAAUUUUUGUUUCAUUAUGUAGAAAAAAGAAUGUUAUAAUAAAAGACAAGACCUGUAUAAAGAAAAUAAAGUCAUUGUCCACUUAAUGAAGAGGGUAACUUA